UGCCAAUUUCACAAUCGUACUACAGCUUCAGUAAUAAGCUACAAUUUUCAUUUCAAAUUUGAGAGAGAGAGAAAUUGCGCAGGAAAAAAUCAAAAUGUCAGCAUCAAUAAUUGAGCGUGUAUCUGAUGAUGGCGAUCGACGGCAACGUGAAGAUCAGAGGAAAGAUCAAUGGAUGAAUUCCUUCGUUGAUGAUAAUGAUCAGACGGUUAUGGAGCUAUCUGAUCACUCCUCCAUGUUUAUUCCUGAUGAUCAGACCUUCUUUAGAGCUGCUGUUUCACUUAAAAAUCAGGUGGUGGAGAUGACGUGGAAAGACAAGGGGAAAACGGAGAGCCAGGAAAUAAAUCCCACGAUAUACACGGGUCUGAUGGGGACAGCUUUCACCUGCUUCCGCUCAUUCCAGGCCACCGCUUGUCACCUGGACUUGCUUUUGUCCGCUGAUAUUGUCCGCGCGUGUGCCACCGUCGCACAUUCCUCCAGAAAUGUAACGUUUUUGAGUGGUAGAGGAGGAGUUUAUGCUCUAGGCGCUGUCAUCAUGAACUAUAUGGGGGACCAUCUAAGUCGUGACCGUUUCCUUGACAUGUUUAUUGAGGUGGCACAAGAAAAAGCCCUUCCAGUUGGACCCGAAGAAGGAGGUUUCGGAAUGUCUUACAAUCUUCUAUGUGGGAGAGCAGGGUUUUUAUAUGCAGCUCUAUUCAUCAAGAGCCACCUCGGAGAAGAGGCGGUAUCAAAUGAUUUACUCAUGCCGGUGGUUGAUGCUAUCUUAGCCGGGGGUAGAGCCGGAGCCUCCGAUAAUCCGUCCUGCCCUUUGAUGUACAGAUGGCAUGGAACGAGGUUUUUUGGGGCCGCUCAUGGCCUUGCUGGGAUUUUACAUGUGUUGCUUCACUUCCCUUUGUUGGAAGAUGAUGCCGAGGAUGUAAAGAACACUUUGAGGUACGUGAUGAGUAAAAGAUUCCCGAAGAGCGGGAACUAUCCAUCGAGUGACGGGAACGGUAGGGAUAAUUUGGUUCAGUGGUCUCAUGGUGCAACCAGCAUGGCUAUCACUUUGUGUAAAGCCUCACAGGUUUUCCCCGGGGAAAGAGAAUUCCGCGAUGGAGCCAUCGAAGCAGGGGAAGUGGUAUGGAAAAGCGGUCUAGUUAAGAAGGUGGGACUUGACGACGGGGUUGCCGGAAACGCGUACGCUUUCCUUUCCCUCUAUAAAUUAACAGGAGAGGCCGUAUACAUGGAGAGAUCAAAGGCGUUUGCGAGCUUCUUGUAUCAUAAAGGAAGUAAGCUUGUAAAUGCAAAACAUUCCGGUGAGACGGAUCAUGCUUAUUCUCUUUUCUUAGGGCUUGGAGGGGUUGCUUGUUUCUUCUUCGAUCUUCUUCAACCGGAAAACUCGAAGUUUCCGGGGUACGAACUUUGAAAUCAAAUGUUUAGGGGUAGUGAUUUCUGAUUUCAGUAGACUCCCUCAGUCUCUUUAUUGUGUUGUAAGGUAAAGACAUGGGAUAGGGAACUAUUGGAACAAACUUUGUAUGGUUAUGUUGGUAUAACUCUUUAAGGUAGGAUUUCAACUUUCAAGGGUUAUUUACGUAAAGAAAAGUUUGCAUUUACGUAGUAGUAAAUAA